AUGCGUGUUGUUAUUCCACCUUCCCCACAUCAAGUUUGUGCCAUUUGUUCUGACCCAACUCAUCCAAUGGAGCUUUGUCCAUCUACUAUGCAAGGUUCUGAGCAAGUUCGCCAAGUUAAUUCGUUUCAGCGACCUCGGAAUGAUCCAUAUUCGAACUCCUAUAAUCCAGGGUGGCGUAACCACCCAAAUUUUUCAUGGAGCAACCAGCAACAACAAGCUAGUUCUAGGCAUCCCUUCCAGCAACAAAUGCAGCCUUCGAGUGAGCCUAAGAAACCAGCGUUGGAGGAUAUAAUCGCUCAAUUUGUGCAGACUUCUCAACAAAAUCAGAAUACUAUGCAAGCGUCCAUCACUAAGUUAGAAACUCAAGUUGGUCAGCUGGCUACUAUUGUGCAUGAGAGGGCGCAAGGUACAUUCCCAAGCCAACCUGAAAUUAAUCCUCGAAAGUCUGAGCAUGCCAAGGCUAUUAGAACGCUGCGGAGUGGAAAAUCAUAUGGUCCACAAGAGAAUGAUGCACCAAAUGCUGGCCACGCUGAAGAUCAUGUCAAGAAGAGUGGUGAGGAGAUCAACAUUCCCUUGCUUCAAGCAAUUCAACAACUUCCUUCUUAUGCAAAAUUUUUGAAAGAUGCAUGUACGAACAAGAGAAAAUUCGCAGCUCAUGAAAAAGUGAUGUUAACUGAAGAGUGCAGUGCGGUGUUGCUCAAGAAAUUGCCUCCAAAACUAAAGGACCCAGGGAGUUUUACAAUUCCUUGUAUUAUUGGUGAUGUUCAAUUUGAUAAAGCAUUUUUAGAUUUAGGCUCAAGCAUUAACCUUAUGCCUUUGUCUAUUUUUCAGCGAUUAGGUAUUGGAGAGCUCAAAAGUACUACCGUUUCUCUUCAACUUGCGGAUAGAUCAGUCACAUAUCCUAAAGGAAUCAUUGAAGACGUGUUGAUUAGGGUGAAGCAAUUUGUGUUUCCAGCUGAUUUCUUUGUUCUUGACAUGGAGGAAGACCAUGACAUCCCACUCUUGCUAGGCCGGCCUUUCCUUGCUACUGCUGGUACAUUGAUUGAUGUGCAACAAGGAACUUUAACUUUGAGAGUUCAAGGUGAAUCAAUUGAGUUUAAGGUGUUUGAAGAUGCUAAAAAACCGGGGGACUUGGAAGAGUGCAGCCGCAUAGAUCUCCUUGACCCAAUUGGACAUGUCAACUACUUGGAAAACACCUCUACGGAUGUCUCGAAAGCCAAGUCUCCACCCACUCCAUGCAUGAAACGCAUGCCCACUUCUCUUGGACGUGCUGGAAUUUAUCAAUGUUUUAUCAAAAGCUUUUCCAAGAUGAGCCAGCUCUUGUGGCAUCUCCUUGCCAAGGAUCACACCAAGACAUUGCACGACAAGGCUAUUGUUCACAAGGAGUUUGGACAACAGCCCAAGCACUACAUGGAAGAAGUAGCAUUCUUUGCUACUUCUGCACCACCAUAG